AUGAGGCGCAGCCUCAGGAAGAUGCUACGCCCCGGGGACAAGAAGGAGUCCCAGAGCGUUGACUACCAGGGCGUGGAGGACGACAUGGACGACUGCAAGGACUCCCUGAAGGUGGUCUUUGAAGGAAGUGCAUGUCCAUUACAAAACUUUAUGAAGAGACGAAGAAAAUGUUGCAAAUACGAAGAUGAAAAUGCUCCCCCUUUGCAUUAUGCUGCAGAAGAAGGUCAAAUUCAACUAAUGGAAAUGAUCAUCAAUGACUCAUCUUGUGAAACAGUUAAUAUGAUGGACAAUUAUGGAAAUACCCCUCUGCACUGGGCUGCAGGGAAAAACCAGGUGGAAAGUGUUAAGUUUCUUCUUAGCAAAGGUGCCAAUCCAAACCUCCGAAACAGCAACAUGAUGGCGCCUCUCCACCUUGCUGUCCAGGGCUUGCACAAUGAGGUGGUGAAGGUCCUGACAGAACACAGUGGUACUAAUGUUAACUUGGAAGGAGAAAAUGGCAACACGUCUGUGCUGAUUGCAUGCUCAAAAGAUAAUAGUGAAGCCCUACAGAUUUUGUUAAAUAACGGAGCUAAACCAUGUAAAUCAAAUAAAUGGGGAUGCUUUCCUAUUCACCAGGCUGCAUUUUCAGGAGCCAAAAAGUGCAUGGAAAUAAUAUUAAAGUAUGGUGAUGAACAUGGCUAUCCAAGACAAAGUCAUAUUAAUUUUGUAAAUAAUGGGAAGUCUAGUCCUCUGCACAUGGCUGUUCAGGGUGGUGAUUUGGAAAUGAUUAAAAUGUGUCUGGACAAUGGGGCAAAAUUGGACAUGAUGGAGACUGGCAAGUGUACGGCCCUUCAUUUUGCUGCCACCCAGGGAGCAACCGAGAUCGUGAAACUGAUGAUUUCUUCCUACUGUGGAAACAUUGAUAUUGUUAAUGCGGUUGAUGGAAACCAGGAAACGCUGCUUCACAGAGCUUCCUUAUUCGAUCACCAUGAACUAGCAGAAUACUUAAUUUCAAUGGGAGCAGAUAUAAAUGCCAUUGAUUUUGAAGGACGUUCUCCACUUCUGUUAGCAACUACUUCUGCAUCUUGGAAUGUUGUCAAUUUGCUACUAUCCAAAGGUGCUCAAGUAGACAUAAAAGAUAAUUUUGGACGGAACUUUUUGCAUUUGAUUGUACAGCAAUCUCAUGGAUUACAAAACUUGCAACCUGAGUUUAUGCAGAUGCAACAUAUUAAGGAGCUGGUAAUGGAUGAAGACUUCGAAGGCUGUACUCCUCUGCAUUAUGCUUGUAGACAGGGUAUACCUUUCUCUGUAAACAAUCUACUUUGCUAUAAUGUGUCCAUUAAUUCCAAAAGCAAAGAUAGGAAAUCACCCCUACAUUUCGCAGCCAGUUAUGGGCGUAUCAAUACCUGUCAGAGGCUCCUGCAAGACAUUAGUGAUACCAGGCUUUUGAAUGAAGGUGACCUUCAUGGAAUGACUCCGCUUCACCUCGCUGCAAAGAAUGGGCAUGAUAAAGUAGUUCAACUUCUUCUGAAAAAAGGUGCCUUAUUUCUCAGCGACCACAAUGGCUGGACAGCUUUGCAUCAUGCAUCCUUGGGUGGCUACACUCAGACCAUGAAGGUCAUUCUUGACACUAAUUUGAAGUGCACAGAUAGGCUGGAUGAAGAAGGGAACACUGCACUUCACUUUGCUGCCAGGGCAGGCCAUGCCAAAGCUGUUCUGCUUCUCCUGAAUUAUGGGGCUGACAUUAUCUUGAACAAGCAGCAGGCCUCCUUUUUGCAUGUUGCAAUUCACAAUAAGAGAAAGGAUGUGGUUCUUACGACCAUCAGAAGCAAAAGGUGGGAACAGUGUCUAGAGGUCUUUAGUCAUCUUUCUCCAAGCAACAGAUGCCCCGUUGUGGAAUUGGUAGAAUACCUCCCAGAAUGCAUGAAAGUACUUUUAGAUUUAUGUAUGAUGCCGUCCACAGAGGACAAGUCCUGCCGAGACUACUAUAUCGAGUAUAAUUUUACUUAUCUUCAGUGUCCAUUAGAAUUCACCAAAAAAGAGUCAUCUCUACAGAAUGUUACAUAUGAACCUCUUACAACCCUCAAUGUAAUGGUACAGAACAACCGCAUAGAGCUACUCAACCAUCCAGUGUGCAAAGAAUAUUUACUUAUGAAAUGGUUGGCUUAUGGAUUUAGAGCCCAUAUUAUGAACCUAGGAUUUUAUUGUCUUGGUCUUUUACCUAUGACCUUUCUUGUUGUCAACAUAAAGCCAGGUAUGGCUUUCAACUCUACUGGAAUCAUCAAUGAAACUAGUGAUCAUUCAGAAAUAUUAGACACCAAGGAUUCAUAUCUUAUAAAAAUUUGUAUGAUUUUAGUUUUUCUAUCGAGUAUAUUUGGAUUUUGCAAGGAAGUGGUCCAAAUUUUCCAACAGAAAGCAAAUUACUUUUCGGAUGUUAACAAUGCACUUGAGUGGGUUAUCUACACAACGAGCAUUAUUUUUGUGUCUCCCUUGUUUAUUGGAAUACAAGCUUAUGUGCAAUGGCAAAGUGGAGCAAUUGCUAUAUUCUUAUAUUGGAUGAACUUCUUGUUAUAUCUUCAGAGGUUCGAAAAUUGUGGAAUUUUCAUUGUUAUGUUGGAAGUAAUUAUGAGAACUUUGUUGAGGUCUACAGUCGUAUUUGUCUUCCUUCUUUUGGCUUUUGGGCUCAGCUUUUAUGUGCUGCUGAAUUUACAGGAUGCAUUCAGCUCUCCCCUGCUUUCUAUACUCCAGACCUUCAGCAUGAUGCUAGGAGAUAUCAGUUAUCGUGACUCCUUCCUAGAGCCAUAUUUGAGAAAUGAAUUAGUAUAUCCACUGCUCUCCUUUACACAACUUAUCGUCUUUACAAUGUUUGUCCCAAUUGUCCUUAUGAAUUUACUUAUUGGUUUGGCAGUUGGUGACAUUGCUGAGGUCCAGAAACAUGCAUUGCUGAAGAGGAUUGCUAUGCAGGUGGAACUUCAUACCAACUUGGAGAAGAAGCUGCCACUUUGGUUUCUACACAAGGUAGAUCAGAAAUCCGUCAUUGUAUACCCCAAUAGACCCAGAUAUGGUCGAGGACUCUUUUGUUUAUUUCGCCAUCUCUUUUGUGCCCCUGAAGCAAGACUAGAAAUACCAAAUGUUGACACAGCUUUAGAAACAGAAAUAUUGAAGCAGAAAUACAGGCUGAAAGAUCUUACAUCUCUCGUGGAAAAACAGCAUGAUCUAAUUAAGCUCAUCAUUCAGAAGAUGGAAAUCAUCUCAGAGACAGAGGAUGAUGAUAACCAUAAUUCUUUUCAAGACAGGUUUAAAAAGGAGCAGUUAGAACAAAGGAAUAGCAAGUGGAAUGCAGUGUUGAAAGCAGUAAAGGAGAAAAAUCAGUUACCAUAGCAAUAGUUGCCUUAACUAAUGUGCAAUAAGACUACCUUAUGGGAGUUACAUAAUUUACUGGUCUAAAUUCCAAUUUGAGAAGAGUGAGAAAGCACCCCAAAAA